UUCCCACCAAAAAAGAGAGGUAAAAUUAGUCAUAAGGAUCUGACAUUGUUGUCAGAUAGUGACUGUGAGAGUUGACAGAAAAAUUGUAAAAUGUUCACAUUGUAGUUUUUUUUUUUUCAAUAUAUAUUUAGCUACCACAGGUUGGUUUUGGUCAUAAAAAAAAUUCUAUUGCAGUCAUGGGGACUUACAAUCAUUAUGUAAUUGUUAAGUUCAAGGAUGGUGUGGAAGUUGAAGAACUCAUCCAAGAGUUAGAGAAGAUGAUUUCUGGGAUUGAGCAUGUCAAGUCCUUUGAAUGGGGGAAAGACAUUGAAGGCCAUGAGAUGUUGAGACAAGGUUAUACUCAUGCCUUUUUGAUGACAUUCAAUGAGAAAGAGGCUUUGAAUGCAUUUCAAGUUCACCCAAAUCAUGUUGAGUUCUCAAAGAUAUUUUCACCUGCUCUUGAGAAGAUUGUGGUGAUGGAUUUUCCAGCUAUCACUGUCAAAGCACCAGCAUGAAGUUGAAGACUUUCAAGCAAUUGAAGUUUUUAUGAUUCAAGUGUUUAUGCAUGUGUGUGUGAAUCAAGUAUCUUUAGUUUGUUGCUGCUAGUUUUCAUGCUAUUUGAACUUGAAAUGAUCUUCUAUUUUACAAUUAAUGGGAUGUUCUAGUUCCUGGUAUUUGUUAA